ACGACCCCCCAACUCUUCAUCCGGAUUUUCACUCCGCGAGCGAAGCCCUGGAUUUACUCGACGCUUUCGUCGGAAACCUGGCGCACGUGAUACAUUAUAAACAGCAAUGGAAUAGAAAAAUGUGAUUUUUCUUGAAAAUGAAACCUCGGAUCAAAACUAUAGACAACAAGUUAGUGCCCAACCGAUUAACAGUACAUGGAAAAUCUGGAAGAAUUAAAGGAACGCUGAAGACAUCACAACGAGCAGCUAACAAAGUGGCAGAUAUCAAAUUAAAGCCGUUUACAGGGAAAGUUUUUUACCUUGAUUUGCCUUCAAAUAAAAGUACUCAAAAUUUAGAGAGGGAUCUACAGAAUCUGGGAGGGACAAUUGAAAAAUUUCUCAGCAAAGAUAUUAAUUACAUAAUUUCUAGUCGAAAUGAGGCCAAGUUUGCCCAGGCUGCUGGGAAAAACUCUCCCAUACCAAGCCCAGAUUCAGUUCAAAACACUGGGAACACAUCUCCCCAUCUGAGCAGUCGGAAAGAAAGCCAUGAAGGAAGCCCGCAUCGAACUUUGGAAAUGAUAAGCAGAGGAAAAAGUUUUGUCAAGAAAGUUAUCCAGGAACAGGAAUUUGUUCCUGGAAACAACAUCCUUUCAAAUGCUCUUGCUUGGGGAGUGCGAAUACUAUAUGUAGAUGAUGUGAAAACUUAUAUUUCAAGAAAGAAGGAGUCAUUUGUAACCACAAACUCUGUUGCGACAAUCAAUGGGGCCAAGUCUAAUCGAACUACCCAAUCUAAUAGUCAUAGAACAAAAGCAGGAAAACUGAGGAAACCUUUUAUCAAAGUUGAAGCAAUGAACCGUCAUUACAGACCAUUGUAUGUACAAUUAGAUUACUACCCAGAGAUCAACUACCUUGGUUCAAACCCCUGGAGUCCUUUUGAUAUGGACAAGAAAAGCAAGACCAAUGAUAAGCAGAAUAAAGGAAGGGCUAGCAGAAGUAAAUGCCACAGAAUAGCAUGCAGUGAAAAGAAUGGCAAAAUGGACGCAAAAAUCACAGAAACUUUGAAAGAGAAGAAAAAGAAGGGUUACUGUGAAUGCUGCAUGAUGAAGUAUGAAGAUUUAAAAAUUCAUCUGAAAAGUGAACAUCAUAGGAAAUUUGCGGAGAGCACAGAAUUUAAUGUUGUGGAUAAAAUAAUUUCUCAGUUUGAUUGUGAUUUUAUAGAACUCCAGAGAGACAAGCUGAAAAGGUCAAAGUGCAGUAUUGGUGUACACACCAAUGAUUUCACCAAGAUAAGUAUUGCGGGAACAUGUGAAGAAUUUCGAAGACCAUAUAAGGAGCACAUGGAAGGAAAUAAAUCUUCAAUAAUGUGCAACAGAAAGGAUAAUGAAUAUGUCAGUGGAUGGGAAACUAAACCAAGUACUUUGUCUUUCCAAGGAAAAGAAAUUGUUUCUUCAGGUAUCCUAAAUUCACCUAGCCAGAUAUUGCCUUUGUCUACACCAAGUCAUGUUAGCAUUUCUGAAAUGCUGCUUCUAUCCACUUCUGUUAACAACAAGUUCGUUGGGGAAGGAACACCUGCAGUUAAUUUUGAAAAUCAGAAGAAAGAAACAACUUGGCGUAGUUUAUCUUUGUGCCAAGACAAUGAAGGUGGUUCCAUAAUUUCAAACGUCGGUAUGUCAGAACAUUUGCAUCAGCUUGGAAAGUUAUCAGUUGAUAAGUCUCCAUCUGUCACUGAAGAAUCAUCAUGUAAGCACCUGUUUGAUCAGAAUGUGUGUGAGAUUAGACCACAACUAAAUUCCGCUGUGUGUUCUGACAGUGAUGAAAACAAAACAAGGCUACAUAUGUCAUCCAAAAAUAAUUUGCAAAAUAAGCGCAAAGAACUGGAAAGUCCAAUCCUAAAUGUUCCCAAACAUUCUAGGGUAAAUGAUCAUGAUGCACAUGAGACUACAGCAGCUCUUGUUGAAUGUUCUUGCAGCCCUCUGCAGACACAAUUGGCUUUUGAUAAGGGAGGGAGUGAAGAAUUGGUACAUGAAAAAAUAGCACCUUCGUUUAAUAUAGCUGCACAUCAGAAAACUGAACUGGGUUCAAUUUCUCGAACUAUAUUUUCUUCACCCUGUACAAAACUGCAUCGAAAAGUGAGAUUUUCAGCUAUUUCUGGAAGAAAUAAAAAGAAGGCUCAAGAUCAUAAAAUGAAAAUAAGUUCACUUGCAAAGGAGAGAUGCUUAAUUGAGGAAGGUGAAGCUUCCAGCUUGCCAUUGAAAAAUUUACUGGAGUUAUUUCAAACUAGUGAAAACAGUGGUUCAGAGUUUUCGGGCUUUACAGAUCAUUCGUCACAGAGAGUGUCAGGGAUGUGGGGUAACCAUCAGCCAGAGAACAUCCUUUCACUAUUUGCCCAAUCAUCAUCGUUGUCAUCUUUUCUUGGUUUCUAGUGCAAUGCUUAUUUGUUUAACGAAUGACAUGAAGGAACUACAAUUUUAUUCAUGUUCUAUUUUUACCAUGGGUCUACUCUGGUUAUAUGUAGGUUUUUCAAUUUGAUGACUUUAAUGUGUCUAUUAGGACUGAAAAUGAAAAAUAAAUGCUAUCUACCUACCAACCACUUGAA